GCCCCCGCCCAUUGGCCGCACCGCCCCUCAAGAGCGUCCCGAUUGGCCAUAGCGGCCCGGCCCGGUAUCCGGGUAAGAUGGCCGCAGUCGGGGAGUGCUCGCUGCCCGCGCCGUGGCGGCCGGUCUCCCUCACUCACGUCGAGUAUCCCGCAGGUGAUUUCUCUGGCCAGCUUUUAGCUUAUUUGAGUCUUGGUCCAAUAUUCAUUAUUGUUGGCUUUGUAACACUCAUCAUAUUCAAGAGAGAGCUUCACACGAUCUCUUUCUUGGGAGGGCUGGUGUUCAACGAGGCAGUGAACUGGUUAAUAAAAAAUGUAAUCCGGGAGCCUCGGCCGUGCGAAGAAGCCCAUUCAACAGUGACCACAAAAUAUGGGAUGCCGUCCAGCCACUCCCAAUUCAUGUGGUUUUUCUCUGUCUAUUCUUUUCUGUUCCUUUAUUUAAGAAUGCACCAAACAAACAACGCGAGGUUUCUGGAUUUACUAUGGCGACAUGUGCUGUCCAUCUGCCUCGUCACAGUGGCUUUGCUAGUCUCAUAUAGUAGGGUUUAUUUGCUUUACCACACCUGGAGCCAAGUCCUAUAUGGAGGUGUGGCAGGAAGCAUCAUGGCCAUCGCCUGGUUUGCCUUCACACAGGAGAUCCUAACUCCCCUCUUCCCGAGGAUAGCUGCGUGGCCAAUUUCAGAGUUCUUUUUAAUCCGAGAUACCAGCCUCAUUCCUAACAUCCUGUGGUUUGAAUACACAGUCACAAGAGCAGAAGCAAGGAACAGACAGCGCAAGCUGGGUACGAAGCUGCAGUGACCGGAACGUGGGGACCAGGGCGCGCUUUAACGGAGACAGACAAGAGCAGAGACCUGGGAGCAGCAAGGAGCCUUUUUACAGACGGACCAAAGGAACAGGCAGGGACCAUACCCAAAACCUGAAAGCCUUUGCUCUGCUUUAGCAGCUAAGCUGGAUGCUCCCUGAUGCAUGUGGGACCGUGCAGGAGUAGAAACUCAUUUUGAACACAGAUGCACAUGGUUGGAUGUACCAUCGUGUCUACGUCAGGGGAGGGGGGAGAAAAUGCCUGGUGUCGUGUUCGGGGGAGGGAAAACCAAAAAUGAAUCCUUUCUGUGACUUUUUUUUUCAGCAUGAAAUAUACACACUAUUUAUUUAUUUUUUUAAA